UUCAGUAGUCAGAAUAUGGAGAACUUCUCACUCCUCAGCAUUUCUGAACCUCGAAUCUCUUCCUCUGCUCUGAGCACUUUUCCUGAUAUCACGUCCUCACGUGCCACCAGCUUGCCAGGCUUUGCAAAGACGGUGUUUCCCACUGAGGCGUCCAGCCCAGCUCAGGCCCUGCUACCCCAGCACCAAAGCAGCGCUCUCCGGCAUGGGGUGUACAACACAGUGUUCUCAUCAGACUGCAUCUUGGGGGACCCCCCAAACAGAGAGCAGCUGAGGUGGAACUGCACCAUCUACCGGCCCUGGUUCUCCCCUUACAGCUACUUUGUAUGCAAGGACAAAGAGAGCCACCUGGAGACCUACAGCUUCCCAGAGGUGCAGCGGGACGAGGGCAGGGGGGACAACUGCCUCCCAGAGGACACGGCUGAGAGCAUCUGCUCGUCCUCUUCCUCCCCAGAGAACACCUGCCCCCAAGAGGCCACCAAGAAAUCCAGGCACGGCCUGGAUUCCACAGACUACAUCACAUCCCAGGACAUCCUAAUGGCCUCCAAGUGGUACCCGGCCCAGCAGAAAGGCUACAAGUGUGCGGCCUGCUGCCGUAUGUACCCGACGCUGCACUCCCUCAAGAGCCACAUCAAGGGGGGCUUCAAGGAGGGCUUCAGCUGCAAGGUGUACUAUCGCAAGCUCAAAACCUUCUGUGGCAAGGAGCAGAAGGUCCGGCCAGGAGACAGGCUUUCCUCAGGCAGCUGCCAGGCCUUCAAGUAGGCCUGCUGGGUGGCGGCAGCUGUCUUGUUAGCGGACAACGCUUCAGGGAAACAGGGGAUGAUGCCUAUUUAUGUCUCUACAGAGAGGCCAAUAAACCAAAGUUA